CAUCAGCCAUGGCAAUGGUACUGCGGUGGACCCUGUUGUGGAUAUCAGGAUACUGUCACAGACUUUCAGCUGAGGCAUUGGUGCAGUAUAAAUACUUCACUUCUGGGGAGAGACAGGGGGUCUCUCUACAAGUCCCUGCUGAGACCAACGGGACAGAAUUCAUCUGGGAGUAUUUGUAAAUGCAAUCCUUGUGGCCUCAGCUGAUAAAUACGAGAAUGCUUCGAUUUCCAUGGAGGUAGAUAAAGAGAGAUUCUCAUCUGAGCGCUACGAUGGAUAUAAUUUCCCUCUGAGAAUCUCACCAGUGAAGUUUGGAGACAGUGGAAGGUACUUCUGUUUUUGUGAAUCCUACCCAAUGGCCUCAGUAACUCUGGUAACUGUUCAGGUGUUGGUGCAGUACAAAUACUUCCUUUCUGGGGAGAGACAGGGGGUCUCUCUACAAGCCCCUGCUGAGACCAACGGGACAGAAUUCAUCUGGGAGUGGACAUCACAUGAUGGAAGCUACACAAACGCUCGGAUAAUAACUAUACAGUCCAAUGGGAUGUUUAAAUGGAAUUUGUCAAAGUUGUCCAUUACAAAACAAGGGAAGUAUGACAUUGUUCUGCAGCCAAAGUCACAAAAUUCAGGAGUUUUUACUUUCAUUCAAACUAAACCAGAGAAAGUAAACUUGUCCCAGAUUGAAGUGUUCACUGUAAAAGAACCGUUGCGUUGGUCCAGAGAAAAUGAAGGUUCUGAUGUGACCAUGAGCUGUGAAGUAUCACACCUUCCAGAUUCAGCUACACUGGACUGGGAAAGGGACAGAGAACCUACUGCUAACACAACGCUGAUCUACAACAACACUGCUCACAUCAUCAUCCACAGUGCUGACCGAUACAGUGAGGGAACGUAUAACUGCACACUCAGAUGGAACGGAGUACUUAUUUUCAGCAUUCCCAGGACACUUCAAGUCUACGAAGUCUCAGCAGCACCCCCUGGUGGUUUGUCCAGGAAUCAGUCAGUUGUGCUGAACUGUGAGAUAUCACAGGUGAUCGGCUCUGUGACCCUGGCCUGGCUCCGGAUGAAGGGGGGCAGGGGCGAGCUCAUAAAACAGGAGGUCCUGAGUGAGGGGCACCCAAAAAAGAUGCUCAGUCUCACCCUGCCCAUUCUGAGCAGAGACCAGCUGCACUGGGCCUGUGUGGUGUUCACAGAGAGCAUGCUCAGAGCACAGGUCCCCCUGCACCUCACACUGCCGACACCCAUCUCUGAACCUGAAGAGCCAAAGCCAGGAUGGAGCACUGAGACAGUGGUCAGAGUGGUGAUUGUAGUGCUGGCCACCCUGGGGAUGCUAAAGGUUCUUAUGUGGUACUGCAGGAGACGCCCAGCAAUGUUGGUGCAGUACAAAUACUUCCUUUCUGAGCAGAUACGGGGGGUCUCUCUACCAGCCCCUGCUGAGACCAACGGGACAGAAUUCAUCUGGGAGUGGACGUCGCAUGAUGGAAGCUACACAAACACUCGGAUAAUAACUAUACAGUCUGAUGGAACGUAUUCAUGGAAUUUGAAGGAGUCUAUUUCAAAACAAAGGAAGUAUGACAUUUAUCUGCGAGCAAAUUGGAAAGAUGCAGGAGUUUUUACUUUUAGUAAAACUAAACCAAAGAAAGUAAAAGUGGCCCAGUUUGAAGUGUUCGCUAUAAAAGUGGAACCGUUGCGCUGGUCCAGAGAAAAUGAAGGUUGUGAUGUGAUCAGGAGCUGUGAAGUAUCACACCUUCCAGAUUCAGCUACACUGGACUGGGAAAGGGACAGAGAACCUACUGCUAACACAACGCUGUUCUACAACAACACUGCCCACAUCAUCAUCCACAGUGUUGACCAAUACAGUGAGGGAUCAUAUUACUGCACACUCAGAUGGAACGGAGCACUUAUUUUCAGCAUUCCCAGUACAUUUGAAGUCAACAAGGGUACACGUGGCACAGAGCACACUCUGUACAGGGGGAGUUUGAACAGCAGUGAGGUGAUGCUAAUCUGCCGUUCUCCAGCCUCAUACAGAACAGCAUAUUGGCAAUGGGAGCCAUCGUCUGGGACAAAUGCAAUCCGUGUGGCCUCAGCUGAUAAAUAUGAGAAUGCUUCGAUUUCCAUGGAGGUAGAUAAAGAGAGAUUCUCAUCUGAGGGCUUUGAUGGGUCUAAUUUUCCCCUGAGAAUCUCACCAGUGAAGUUUGGAGACAGUGGAAGGUACUUCUGUUCCUCUGAACACUCCCUGAUGGCCACAGUAAUGCUGGUAACUGUUCAGGUCUCAGCAGUGUCCCCUGGUGGUCUGUCCAGGAAUCAGUCCGUCAUGCUGAACUGUGAGAUAUCACAGGUGAACAGCUCUGUGACCCUGGCCUGGCUCCGGAUGAAGGGGGGCAGGGGAGAGCUCGUAAAACAGGAGGUCCUGAGUGAGGGGCACCCGAAAAAGAUGCUCAGUCUCACCCUGCCCACUCUGAGCAGAGACCAGCUGCACUGGGCCUGUGCAGUGUUCACAGGGACCAUGCUCAGAGCACAGGUCCCCCUCACACUGCCAACACCCAUCACUGAACCUGAAGAGCCAAAGCCAGAUAAUGGAUGGAUGCUGGUGAUUGUUUUGGCCUGUACUGCUGCUGUGUGUGUUGGAGUGCUGUUGCUGUUAGGAGGUCUGUUGUUUCGGCGUCUAAAAACAGCAGCAGGUUCCUCCACAUCACCAGCUGAAGGGAAAGGUGCAGCUGAUCCAGUCUACAGUAACAUCACAGAUCUGCAGCAGGGUCAAGUGGAUGGGAAUGGUGAUUCCAGUGCAGCUUCCGCAGUCUACAGUAAUGUCGCAGAGCUACAGAAAGAUCAAGGAACAAGAAGAAAAUGAUAAAGUGAUCUAUGCAAGCGUCUGCAAAACGUAAUAUGGAUAACUAUUCAAUGAUUCUAAUGGAAAAAUGAAACAAAAUAAUCGA